AUGAAACUGGAGAAAGAGGAUGAGGAUGAGGAAGGCCUUGGAGUUUUGAUGGGCGUAGCGUUGCUUGGGGUAGAGAGUGGCCUUCCUCCCGCAGGGGCCGAUGAUGUGUUGAACUUUGACACGUUGGACAUCGCUGCGGUAAUCAGGAAGGGCAAACGGUUGCUUGGGAGCUCCGGCAAGGAGUAUGAUUACACUUUAGCGGACUUGGACCCAGCAGAACGUUUGGCUGCACAAAAAAAGAAUGUCACGGCAAGGCUCGGCCUUGGUGGAGAGUAUAUGGAUGAGGAGAUUGUUAGCGAGAGGGAUUUCGCAACUGUUGGCCACACGGUGCAGACGCCUCGUAUUGACACUUCUGUUGGAGGAACCUUCCGUCAGCCUAUGGCAUCGCCGGCCUUACAAUCUGCAAUGUCUCCCCAUUCCGGCGUUCCCGGCACGCCAAAUGAUGAAUCCGCUAGUGGAUUGAGUAGAAGGCAGCAGAAUGCGCUUAAGCGAAAGAAGAAGCUUGACGCCAGGAAUCAGGCAAACAAGACUAAGAUUGCUGUCGAGUUCACAGGCCCCAAGGCUCCACCGUCUCCAAUUAUUCAAACGUCUGGGGAAGGAUUUGAGUGGCCAUUCGAGCGCCUUUGCGAGUUGUUACUAGUAGAUAUGUUCGACCCUAAUUGGGAGAUUCGACAUGGCGCGGCGAUGGGAAUUCGUGAAGUAGUGAGAGUCCAUGGCGCUGGAGCCGGGAGGGAGUGGGGUAAAUCUCGUAAAGAGAAUAACGCCCUGAACCGGAAAUGGCUCGAUGAUCUAGCGUGUCGUCUUUGUUGUAUUUUCAUGCUGGAUCGUUUCGGCGAUUAUGUGGCUGACACUGUUGUUGCUCCAAUUCGUGAAUCAACCUCACAAACAAUGGGCGCAUUGCUUAUUCACCUCCCACCACCAUCUGUUCAUGCCGUCUAUCGGGUUUUGUAUCGCCUGGUAAUGCAGGAGGAUCUCAACCUUACGCUGCCCAUAUGGGAAGUCUGCCAUGGCGGAAUGUUGGGGUUGAAGUAUCUGGUUGCGGUCCGAACAGAUUUAUUGAUGAAAGACAAUGAACUAUUGGAUGGUGUAGUUAGAGCAGUCAUGAAGGGACUGGGAGAUCAGGACGAUGAUGUUAGAGCCGUUAGUGCUGCUACCUUGAUCCCUAUAGCCGCAGAGUUCAUAUCUUUGCGACCAAAUGCUGUGGAUGGGUUAAUUAAUGUUGUCUGGGGAUGCCUUUCGCAUCUUAAAGACGAUCUUAGCGCUAGUACUGGAUCUGUUAUGGACCUGCAAUCAUUCGCCUUGCUCGUUCCUCGGCUUUAUCCGUUCUUACGUCAUACUAUCACAAGUGUGCGGGCUGCUGUUUUGCGGGCGCUUCUGACGUUCUUGAAUAUUCAAGGCGAUGGGACAAAGGGCUGGGUUGAUGGCAAAAUUUUACGACUCAUUUUCCAGAAUUUGCUUGUUGAAAGAGUAGAGUCUGUGCUAUCUCUGUCGUUACAAGUAUGGAUGGCAUUGACCGAGGAGCUUGCACGGGAUAACCCUGCUCGUUUCGCCACCGAGUUUGGUCCUCACCUGGAUCCAUUGCUUACUCUGCUCACGACUCCUGUUGGUGUUUCGCGCCACCCACAGCCCAUGGAUCCUUCCUUGUUUAUUCGACCUUCCGGGCAAACUAUGGUUCUUCCGGGCCUGAUGAGAGGCCCUUCGCCCUCACAACCGGCACAAGAGCCUGCGACCAAGCGGCGUCGCAAGAGUGAAAAGAAGGAAGAGCCUACUGCGUCGCCGCAUAAUGUUGAUGGCCACAUGAUACAUGGUGAUGUCGACCUUGUGGGUGUGGAGACAAUUAUUAAGACUAAGAUUGCUGGUGCGACAGCUUUGGGUAAAGCCAUUAGCCUGUGGCCAAGAGAAGAUGCUAUCCGCGCUUUCGAACCUCGGCUUGUUCCGCUAUUACAGUCACCCCACUCUACGACUCAAUUGGUGACGGCAAUGAUAUUUGAGGAAUAUGCAAGGAUAACCUCCGAGGUUACAGAUUUGAAAGCACAAUUCUUGGCGGCCCUUACUAACUUUCUUAAUUCGGAGAGGCCUUCCUGUUACCGUGACCUUGUGUCUUAUAUGCACGUUGUACAAGCUCAAUGUCGAUCCUUGCUUAAUGCUUUCCGCGACAUUGGUAAAGUGCCAUCCUCGAGAAUUCCUACUAUCGCUGCGGUAUGUCAAGGGGAGUCGGAAGCGGGUCCCGAUGCAUUUAGUAUUGAGAAGGCGGAGAAGAUUGUUGGCGAUGAGUUUGCUCGGUUGAAGCGGGCUUUGGGUCCAACUCAGAAACUCAUGUCAUCGCAGGCCCUUGCUGAUGCUAAGGGAGUUGCCGUGGCAGCUGUUGAAGAAGCCAAGGCUGCAAAGGCGCAACGUGAUGUCCGGGUCUUGGCAGCAGCUGCUGGGGCGUAUAUAGCUUCCGGCCAGCUCCCGAAGAAGCUUAAUCCAGUUGUACAUGGCGUGAUGGAAAGCGUUAAAUUGGAGGAGAACGUUGAUCUACAACGGCGGUCUGCGCUAUCGAUAGCUGCACUUGUGGGUAUCUGUUCUCGGAGCGGUCGUAUAGCUGUUGCGGACAAACUGACUAAGAAUCUCAACUCUUUUCUUUGUCUGGAUGUCUCCGAAGUGCCAAUAUUUCACCAACUUGAGGAUCUAGAGGAUAACAUACUCUCUCUCCGGAAGGAGGAAGACCUCAAAGAUCACACUAAUCAGGCUGAUUUUGAACGAGAGGCUAAGGAGGCAAAGAUUAAGAGGAGAGGGGCUAAAGAGGCCCUCGAGCAGCUUGCGACUACCUUUGGGGCUUCAUUGUUUGAGGCGGUACCAAAACUUAGGGACUGCAUUGAAACACCACUUCAUAUUGCCUUUGGUGGUGACUUGCCGAUGGAUAUCAAGGACCCUAAUGUUACUCUGGGCCAAGAAGUUGUUGACGGAUUAUCAACCAUUCGUGCACUUCUUCCUCGGUUCCAUCCAGAUCUAUAUCCUACGAUAAUUGGACUCUUCCCAUUGAUCAUCAAAGCACUCCAAUCACACUUUACGGUUUUACGAUAUGCCGCCGCGAAGUGUUUUGCAACUAUUUGCAGUGUCAUAACUAUUCCUGGGAUGACGGCGCUAGUGCAGCAGGUCCUCAAGAUGUUUGAUAACGCGCAUGAUUUGAAAUGUCGCCAAGGGUCUAUAGAAUGUGUUUACCAUUUGAUUCAUGUGAUGGAGACUGAUAUUCUCCCUUACGUUGUGUUCUUGAUUGUACCCGUUUUGGGUAGGAUGAGCGAUCCUGACAAUGAUGUGCGUCUUAUUGCUACUACGGCAUUUGCCACGCUUGUUAAGCUAGUUCCUUUGGAGGCCGGUAUUCCUGAUCCCGUUGGGUUACCAGCCGAGCUUUUGGAAGGCAGGGCAACUGAGCGGAAGUUCAUUUCGCAAAUGCUUGAUAUUCACAAGGUUGAGCCCUUUGAAUUACCUGUUACGAUUAAAGCUACAUUGAGAUCCUACCAACAAGAAGGUGUCAAUUGGCUUGCUUUCUUGAACAAAUUCAAGCUUCAUGGAAUUCUUUGCGAUGAUAUGGGUCUUGGGAAAACACUUCAAACAAUCUGUAUUAUUGCCAGUGAUCAUUACCUUCGUGCGGAGGAGUUUAAAGUUUCCGGAAACCCUGAUAUGCGCCGUAUACCUUCUCUUAUCGUUUGUCCACCUACUCUUUCAGGCCAUUGGCAACAGGAGAUCGCGCAGUUCGCACCGUUCCUCACUGCCUUGUGCUAUGUCGGUAGUCCUACGGAGCGUGCUCGGGUUCGCAGUCAACUUGGCACUACAGAUAUUGUCAUUACUUCGUACGAUAUCUGCAGAAACGACAUUGACAAUAUCAGUCAAUAUAAUUGGAACUACUGCGUCCUUGAUGAGGGCCAUAUUAUCAAGAAUUCCAAGGCCAAGUUGACACAAGCGAAUAACGUUCUGGAACUAUGGUCUUUGUUUGACUUCCUCAUGCCGGGUUUCCUUGGCACCGAAAAGCAAGAGGCAGGUGCUUUGGCUAUCGAAGCUUUGCACAAGCAGGUAUUACCGUUCCUGCUUCGAAGGCUGAAGGAGGAGGUGUUAGAUGACCUGCCGCCAAAGAUUAUUCAAAAUUACUACUGCGAGUUGAGUGAACUGCAGAAGAAGCUCUACGAUGACUUUGCCAAGAAACAGUCCAAGACGAUUUUUGAGAAGGUGAGCAAGCAAUUGGCAAAGGACAAAUCGAACGAUUCUGGUGCUGGCAGUGAAAACCCAACCGAGACCAAUGCUAUCAGUCAACACCGUGCGCUCAUCUUCUGCCAGCUUAAGGAGAUGUUGGACAUUGUGGAGAAUGAUGUUCUCAAGAAGCUUCUGCCAAGUGUUUCUUACCUGAGAAUGGAUGGUGGUACCGAGGCCCGAAAACGUCAAGAUAUCGUUACUAAAUUCAAUGGUGAUCCGUCUAUUGACGUUCUGCUCUUGACCACCCAUGUCGGAGGUUUGGGUCUCAACUUGACGGGAGCAGAUACCGUCAUUUUUGUCGAACAUGACUGGAAUCCGCAGAAGGAUAUGCAAGCCAUGGACCGUGCCCAUCGUAUCGGUCAGAAGAAGGUUGUGAAUGUCUACCGUCUUGUUACUCGCGGAACGCUGGAAGAGAAGAUCAUGAGCCUUCAACGCUUCAAAUUAGACGUAGCAUCCACCGUCGUCAACCAACAAAAUGCUGGCCUGGCAACCAUGGAAACAGACCAAAUCCUCGACCUUUUCAACGUCGGCGACAUGGAGACCGCGUCGAAACCCGCAGCGGAGGAAGACAUGGUCGACGACACCACCGGUAAAGUCAUCACUAAGGGCAGCAAGAAGCUUCUAGACGGUAUCGGAGAACUCUGGGAUGACUCACAGUAUAACGAUGAGUACGACCUUAAUAAUUUUAUUGCUACUCUGCAGUCUUGAGCGCGGGGCAAUGGAGGGAUGAUGGGUGUGAUUUUUUCCUUCUUUUUUCCUUCUUCCCCUAGGCUACUUUCACUUUUCGCCUUUUACUCUUACCUUAUAGUAUGAAGCUUUGUUUCUCUACUUUUUAGUGAUGCCUUGUGUGCUAUUUUUCUCCCCUUUCUCUUUCUUUGUUACAAUUCGGUUCGCUUCGCGAUGUACAUUAUUUAAAGAGGAGACGAAGGUGAAGAUGAAGUUGCAAGAUCAUGGAUAGGGUGUGUUGAUGACUUAUCGUACUUGGCCUCUUUCUAUCUCCUCUUUUAUUGGUUUUUUUUCUUCAUUUCAUUUUUUCAUUUUCUUUUCCAAGAUUAAAACUUGAUUGGCAGUGCAAAAGGCGGAUUUAUUCAUGGUUAAGGGGCUUCAUGUUUUUUUUUUUCUUUUUUUUUUUGUGAAGGGUGUAUGUAGGUAUGAUAGGUAAAGAGAAGUCAGCAAUUUUCUGCGAGGAGAGGGUUGCUGGUAGUGGGUUGGGUUAGAGGUGUUUUUUCUUUUUUGCUCCCCGGAAGAGACAGAACGGAGAAAUAUGAUAUAGUAUAAGAUAUAUGGUGGUUGGGGGUUUAUGGAUGGGGGUGGAGAAGAAGGAAAGAGGGAGGGAGGAGAGUGGGGUUCAUGAACGGAAAUGGAAAUGGGAAGUUGAUUGAUCCCUUGAUGUAUUUGUUUCCUAAUAGGAAUCCAACGAUAAAGG